AUGCAUUUCGUCAACGAUUUCGGCACCCACUGUCAUCGGGUCUCGGUCGGACGGGGGUUGGUCCCCGCACGGAAGCGGCACCGGACGGCCAGAUGCAAUAUUGCCUCCGUCAUUGACGGCUCCAGAUCGAUACUCUCCAAAAACGUGAAAACAGCUGACAUUAUUCCUAUCGUACGCAUCAAUUGCAUAGCACACUUUCAUUUCGGCUUCUACCAUCUUUUCCAGGACUGGGACGUCCUCGUGGUAGGCGGUGGCAAUGCCGGCUUCAGCGCUGCGAUAUCUGCCGCGGAGGAACUGUCGAAAGGCGGCUCGGAACAUCCUCGUGUGCUCAUCAUCGACAAGUGUCCCGAGUCGUGGGCAGGCGGGAACAGUUACUUCACAGCGGGCGCUAUGCGCUGCGUACACAACGGCCUGCAAGAUGUCUUGCCACUUGUCAACAACGUCGACGCUGAGACGGCAAACAAGAUUGACCUGGACUCCUACACCUCGGACGAUUUUUUGAACGAUAUGCACCGCAUCACAGGCGGUAGGUACGACAGAGAAUUGGGCCGCCGGUUGGUGGAUGACAGCAACGAGACGGUCAAGUGGCUUGCGGGCCAUGGCGUUCGGUUCCAGCUGAGCUUCAACCGGCAAGCAUACAAGAUAGGGGACAGAUACAAGUUCUGGGGUGGCUUGUGUCUGAAGACACAGGAUGGUGGGAAGGGACUGAUGGAGGACCAUCGGAGGGCGGCAGACAAGGUUGGCGUGAGCGUGAUGUACGAAACGGCCGCGAGGAAGAUCGUGACAGAUCCAACUACGGGGCAAUUCGAGUCUCUAGAGGUUAUAGGGAAGGAUGGGCUGGCUUCUGUGAUCCGUGCCAAGGCUAUUAUCCUGGCUGCUGGCGGAUUUGAGGCGAACCCGCGGAUGAGGGCGCAAUAUCUCGGGCCUGGGUGGGACCUGGGACAUGUGCGAGGAACACCAUACAAUACCGGAGAAGUUCUCGAAAUCUCGAUUCGCGAACUGGGAGCAAGACAAGUUGGUCACUGGAGCGGGUGCCACAGUGUUGCCUGGGACGCAGAUAGCCCGGCCAACACGGGCGACAGGGAGACCUCCAAUGAGUUCACCAAGAGUGGUUAUCCCUUGGGUAUAACGGUGAAUAGGGCCGGGGAGAGAUUCUUCGAUGAGGGCAGCGACAUAAGGAAUUAUACGUAUGCCAAAUUUGGAAAGGCAAUUCUGGCUCAGCCGGGCAGCGUGGCAUUCCAGGUGUGGGACAGCCAAGGGAUCCCGUGGUUGAGGAGUGAGGAGUAUCGCGAUGAGGUUGUGAGGAAGACAUUUGGCGAUACCAUCGAUGAGCUUGCCUCGAAGCUAGAGAAGAAAGAAGGUCUCGAGAGUGCAACAAGACUGGUCGACACAGUCAGGGAGUACAACGAAGCAGUGUCGGGACACAGACAAGAAAACCAAGAUCUGAAGUGGGAUCCGGCAGUCAAGGAUGGGCUGUCGACGCAGUCAUCGGGCAAAGGGCUGCGGAUACCAAAGUCGAAUUGGGCACUGCCAUUGACUGAUGGGCCAUAUAUGGCAAUCAAAGUGUGCUGUGGCGUCACGUUCACCUUUGGUGGUCUCGCUGUGGACCCUCGGACGUCAGGUGUCAUCUCGAACGCGACGGGAAAGGCGAUCCACGGGAUCUACUGCUGUGGCGAGAUGCUUGGCGGGCUGUUCUACGAGAACUACCCUGGCGGCAGCGGCCUGACGUCUGGGGCCACGUUUGGCAGGAGGGCUGGCAUCGAGGCCGCCGCGUUGGUGCAGGGCUCGAGACGGGGCGCUCAGCCAGAAGGUGCUUGA